AUGGACGAUAUUUUUGCUAAUGCUAAAAAUAUUCUGAUUAUUUGGACAGCUGAUAAUGAUUCGAGUAAAUUACCUGCUUUUCAACAAUUAAUACAAGAAAAAUCAGAACAAGCACAAAUUGAAUUCGAAAAUAUCGAAAAGUUAUUAGAAUCUCAACGUAAAAUCUCGUCCUUCGAUAUUAUCUUAUUUGAUCUAAUUAAUGAGAAAGAUACACCAGUAAAUAUUGAUUUACUUAACGAGUUUUUUCGUUUACUUCGUCCAAAUGGUUAUCUUAUAACACAUAUUGAACAAACUAAUCAAUCACAAGUUAUGAAUAAUUUUAAAAUGUGUGGAUUUAGUAAUUGUAAUCCAUUAGAUUCGAAUUCAUCAUUUUUAAUUGAAAAUAAAAGUGAUGAUGCUAAAAAACUUGGUUUAUUAUGGUUAUGUCAAAAACCAAACUUUGAAAUCGGUUAUUCUGUACCAUUGAAACGAACAGGUGUAUCUUUUCUGAGACAACUAUCAACAAGUGGUCGAGGAAGAAAAACAUGGACUGUUGAAAAUGAUGAUGGUGAUGAUAAUGAUGAUGAUGAUGAAAAUUUCAUUGAUACAAAUAAUUUACUUGAUGAAAAUGAUCGAAAAAAACCUGAUGCUAAAAAUAAUGAUAGUGGUACAACAUCAUCCGAUGUUAAAAAAGCUAGUAAAAAUUGUACAUGUGGUUUAGCACAAGAACUUGAACAAGGAGAACAUGCAUCAGCUCAACAAAACGUUAAAUCUUCUUGUGUAAAUUGUAAUCGUGGUGAUGCUUCUCAAUCUGCUGGAUCUCCUUCACGAGGUUUAUCACCAUUUAAGCCAAGUGAACGUGUUGUAUUCCAAAAAAUGUCCGAUGUUUAA